AACUACCAACAACAAGGAAACCACUUCACUGGAGCCUAAGGAGAUCUCAGAGGCACAUUUGUAGGUUUUUUAAGUCAGAAACUGCCCUCCGCCGCCGCCGCCAUGAUGUCCCAGAAUGCAUCUCUGAACAGCCUUUUUGGCGACGACCCUUUCUUCAGCUCGGACCGGCUGCUGUGGCCCAUGCGUCCGGCCCCGCUGUCCUCCUCCCUGCAGCAGGACUUCUUCAACCAGAGGACCAAGAUGGCCGACAGCCUCCUGAAGGAGCUGCAUGACGGGCCCCACAUGCUCAAUUUCAACCAGUUCCCCCUCAUUUCCUCCACUAUGGCCAGGCUCGGUGAGGGCUCCUCUCUGCAGGCCGCCGCCUCACAGGAAGUUCAGCCGGCGGCAGGAAGUGACCUCCUGGUGACUCUGGACGCUCGAGGUUACGCCCCUAGUGACAUCACUGUGAAACUGGAGGGGCGGAGCUUAGCGGUGGUGGCCAUGAAGCAGGGGGGGGCGGAGGACAGCCAGACCGUGAGCUCCGCCUCGUCCCGGGCCUCCUUCAGCUCCUCCGCCUCUGCAAAGUCCGGUUUCGUCCAGAGGAUCGACCUGCCGGCUCACCUGGACAUCAGCCGCCUCUCCUGUGAGCUGAUGGGUGACGGACAGCUGCGGAUCCACGCCCCCUCGGCCCAGCAGCCAAUCAGCGGUGAAGAGGAACAACAGGAAGUGCCCGGCCGCUUCAGGUCGUCGCUGGAGUUUCCCGUCAGCAAGGAGAAGAGCGAGGAGAAACACUGAUGAACACACACACACACACACACACACACACACACACACACUGAGAGACUGUCGUUGAAGAUUAACGUUUACCAUUACUAAAUGAAGAUAAUAUUCAUUUUAUAAUUAUUUGCUGUUUGUAUGAACUGUUGAAAUUGAAUAAAGUUUGAUUUUCAGAAAUAUAUA